UGGUGGCAGGGUUUCGGGAUCUCUGUGGGCUGCGUUCCUCCAACGUGCAGUCAAGCUCUCACCUGACCAGAUCGGGGAGUUUCCGGUCCCUCAAUACUCACCACGGCCGUUAGGGGAAAAUGAAAGUGAAAGAGGGAAGAAGAGACAUAAGGGAGAUCGCAGCGCCAUGAAGCCUCUGCCCCUGCUCAUCGCUGUGGCUUUGGGCCUGGCGACAGCCGUCUCUGCUGGACCAGCAGCGAUUGAGUGCUGGUUCGUGGAGGAUGCAGGUGGGGGUGGUCUGACUAAGAAACCGGCCACAUUGCUACUGCGCCAGGGACCCAAGGGACCGCCGCCCCGGCCAGAUCUGGACCCUAAGCUAUACCUCAAGCUUGAUGACCCGGCGGGAAUGCUCGUGGCUGCCUUCAGGCGGUACCCCGCAGGCGGCCCCGCACCACACUGCGAGUUGACCCGUUUCAUCCCGUUCCCUGCCUCGGCGAACUGGGCUAGAGGUCUGAUCCCACAGCAGAGCUGCCCGCGGGCCCUGGACGGGGACUGGCUGCUGGUCAGCGUGUCCAGAACCGUCUUCAGCCUUUCCAGCCUGCUGCGACUACAGCCGGAACCACAGCGGGAGCCUGUCUUUAUCACCAUGGCAACAGUGGUGCUGACCGUGCUCACCCACAACCCUGCCCCUCGGAUCCAGCUGGGGAAAGACGCGGUGCUGGACCUGAGGUUCGCCUACGCGCCCCCCGCUCUGGACGAUGCUUCCUCUCUGGACGCAGGUCCUCCUCCCUUUGGGCUGGAGUGGCGACGCCAACACCACGGCAAGGGUCACCUGCUGCUGGCUACAACUCCUGGGCUGGCUGGGAAAAUGCCACCAGCCCAAGAAAACGCCGUGGCAUUUGCUGCCUGGGAUGACAAUGAGCCCUGGGGCCCAUGGACCGGAAAUGGGACCUUCUGGCUGCCAGCGGUGAAGCCUUCUCAGGAGGGCGUCUACCUGGCUACUGUACACCUGCCUUAUCUGCAAGGACAGGUCUCCCUGGAGCUGACUGUGCACAAGUCUCCCAAAGUGUCGCUAACACCAGCAUCCCUUGUGUGGGCGGCCCCAGGAGAGGGGCCCCCAGAGCUGGUCUGUCUUGUGUCCCACUUCCACCCUGAGGAAGGCCUGGAGGUGCAAUGGGAGCUCAGAGGUGGCUCAGACGGAAGUUACAGAAAGGCCGAGGGGCAGACGUGGCUCUCCACCGCCCGCCACCACUCCGACGGCUCUGUCAGCCAGUCUGCGCACCUGCGGCUGCCCCCAGUCACCGCCAAGCAGCACGGGACACGCUACGCCUGUCGGGUGCACCACCCUAGCCUGCCAGCACUAGGGCGCAGGGCGGAAGUCACCCUGGAGGUGGCAGGCCUCUCGCGGCCCUCUAUCGAGGAUGGCAUAGGCCUGUUCCUGUCUGCUUUCCUCCUUCUGGGCCUCAUCAAGACCCUGGGCUGGAUGGCUGCCUCCCUCACCGCUCCUAAACACUCAAAGGAGAAGGUAACAGCGGCUAGCCUGCGCAUCCCUGAAGACUCAAAGGCUCCCAAGCACCGCGAGUUUCUCCGUCACGACGGCGCCUUUACUACAACCCGGUCUGAACACGCGGGGAGACCACACAGCCACCGCAGGAACGGCUCGCGCUCUGGCGCACCGAGAGACCCGGACGCCGGGAGCGACGGACCGGAGCGGACCCAGGAGCGCCGGAAACGCCCCGGCCCCGUACUAGCUGGCUUCCGCCCCGCCGAUGGGCGGCUCAGAAAACCCGGCGCGGAUUCGCCCCGUUGCACUUGUGCUGGCGUGGGCAGGGCAGCCGCGUCCUUGUCGGGCAGCAGUGACAGGGGCGCGCCCUUCCCGCGGGGUCGCAGCACUGGUCGUGGGGGACGGCGGAGUGGGGCCCCGCGCCUGGGUCCCAGCCCCGGGCGCCCCGCACUCCCCUCGGCGGCGGCCCUGGCGCCCGUCCUCACUUCCUUCCCUUUUUGGCUCCUACUGUCGGGCGGACGCAGGGAGGGGGGAAGCGGAAAGGGCGGGAGGGCCCGGGAGCCCGGCGAGGUGCAGGAGAGGGGUCGCGGAAAAGCCGGGGAGGGGACUCGGCCGAGGGCCGGAGACGGACCAGAGCAGAGGCCCGGCACCCGCGCGCGGCCCCUCGCCCUUCCCGAGCAGGUCAGAGCCAGGGCGCCGGGUGACCCUGCCCAGGCCACACUAGCUACCCCCUGGCCCCCAGCACGCACCGAGGGCUCGGGGUUCCCACUCCCUGCGUCCCCUCCUCCCCCGCCUUCCUGA